AUUAUGAUGCCAUGUUUAUAAUGAGAGCCCUAGAGACAGCUGUGGUAUUUCUCCUUCCUGUGAGAUGACGCAUGCGCCGCUCCCGAUGUGUAGUGUGUACACUGCCCAGGAAGGUCUGGCACGCGCGCAGCCUCUCCUUCUCCUGCAGCCUGUGUUGGGAAUCUUUGUUAGGCUCGUUGCUAGGGGAGGGCUAGUUGUUAAGGGCGGGGCCUGUGUCUCCUGCUCUUGCCGAUGGACUGGCUGUGACGUCGACAAGAUGGCGGCGCCCAGUGUGAAACGUUCUUUACCGCUUGUGGUUAUUCUAGGGGCCACUGGAACCGGCAAAUCCAAGUUGGCUGUUCAGCUGGGCCGGAGCCUCAGAGGGGAGGUGAUCAGCGCGGACUCCAUGCAGGUAUACCAGGGUUUGGAUAUUAUCACCAAUAAAGUGACGCCUGAAGAACAGCAGCUCUGCAAGCAUCACAUGAUCAGCUGCGUGGAUCCACUGGUCACCAAUUUUACUGUAGUUGACUUCAGAAAUAAAGCUUUGGCUCUGAUUGAAGAUAUAUUUUCAAGGGAUAAAAUUCCAAUUGUGGUUGGAGGGACAAAUUACUACAUUGAGUCGCUCCUAUGGAAAGUUCUGGUGAACACGGGAUCUCCACCCAAUGAAAAGACAGAUUCCCUCGGAGAUCAGUGCAUAACGGACAGGAAAGUUGAACUGGAAAAGUUAGACAGUUCUGAACUCUAUGCACGCCUGAAGAAUGUAGACCCAGAGAUGGCGUCAAAGUUGCACCCGCAUGAUAAACGGAAAAUGGCAAGGAGCCUGCAGGUAUAUGAAGAGACAGGUAUCUCACAUACAGAACAUCUAAGACGACAGCAAGAAGAAGAUGGGGGUGGUCCCUUAGGAGGGCCAUUGAGAUAUCCACACCACUGCAUCCUAUGGCUGCGUUCAGACCAAGACGUUCUUAAUGCCAGACUUAAUGCCAGGGUGGAUGAAAUGCUGGAGAUGGGCCUAAUAAAGGAGCUCCAAGAUUUUCAUAAAUGCUACAAUGAGAGGAUCAUUGCCCAGUCAGGCCAGGACUACCAGCAUGGCAUUUUCCAAUCUAUUGGCUUUAAGGAGUUCCAUGAAUACUUGGUGAAAAAGGAUAUUACGCCAGAUCAGGCAGACAUUCUUCUACAGAAAGCUGACAGGUCACCCCAUGCUGUUACCUUAGCCUCGACACCACAUGAUCAGCAUACAUUGCGAAACAGUAUUGAGGCUCUAAAGCAGAGGACGCAAAAAUAUGCCAAAAAGCAAAAUAAGUGGGUGCAGAACAGGUUUAUGAAACGUCCUGGACCAAAUGUACCCUGUGUGUAUGCACUGGAUGUGACUGACAUCUCUGCUUGGGACAAACAUGUUCUGUCACCUGCUAUACAUAUUGUCAGCAGCAUUUUACAGGGUCAGCUUCCUGAUAUCAAGCCCAUGGAGAUUGCUUCUGACAGUAUGGAGAGCAAGAGGACUAGUCGACUGUGUGAUUUGUGCAAUCGGAUUAUCAUUGGUGAUCGUGAGUGGGCAGCGCACACAAAAUCCAAAUCACAUAAUCACCUUCUGAAAAAAAGAAGAAAACUGGAAGAAGAAAUGAGAAAUUCAGAAAAGAGGAAGAUGAGAUCCAACUCUAACACAGAAAGUGUUCUACCGGAGGUGAAAAAGAUGUGCCAUACAGACGUUGUACAUGACAUGCAGGAGAAAAGUGUGUGUACCCAUUCUGCAAACUACACAUCCGAUAUUCAGGGCUUGGAAUCUAAAGAGUCAUAAACAGACAUUUCACAUUGUUUUAUUUGCUUCACCAAAAUCAACCAAGGCUUAAUAGCAAUAGUUUAAACUGGAUUAUGUUAAUCUGAACAAGAGUAGGAAGUGGAUAACCACUUACGUUUCUGCUUUAGGUUGCUUUACUUAUGUUUUUAUAUUGCAGGCUUGCAAAUGAUAUUUUGCUCUCAAUAGAAUUUUUUUUAGAUUUAUUUUUAGAAGAAAAAAAAAUCCCUAUUAAGAUGUUAAGCCAAUAGCUGUGUUUUCACAAAGCAGAUGUAUUUAUUAAACAUUUAUGAUACACAUAAAUGUAGGUUUAAAUUUGUGCUUUAAGUACAUGUAUACAGUAUGUAGCCCUGCAAGCUAUACUGUCUAUGUAACCUCCAGAGUUAUGUAUACAGCGUAGCUCCUGCUGCUAUUCAAUUUACGUACUUUUCAUUAAUGUCAAUGGAAGUUACGCAAAUUGGCUGUUUUUUUUUAUCUUUUUUUUGUGCCUGACCAUUUCCAUAUUUUUUUAUUCAUAGAAAGACCCCUUUAAUUUGUUCUCAUAAAUGUCAUGUUUGCAGUACCAGCCACGAGCCACCAGCCCUUCCUGAAGAAGCUGGGGUGCCAGCGAAAUGUUGGAGGCGCUGGCUAAUGUUUGGGUCUUUUAAUUAGCAGCCUCAACUAACUCCCUACAAGCGGAUCAUUAUAUCAAACAAACAGUGAUCGCUGCUAAAUUAUUUCAAUACUGAUUACAGUAUAUAGUAUAUCUAACAAUAACCAAGGGAGCUGGUUUGAGACUGUGUUUUUAAAUAUAAAGUUAAAGUUGCAUACCUUCAAUAUUUUAAUAGGAUAAAUAAAAGUUAUAUUUUAAUAGAAGGUACUUAGGUUAAGGGUUCCCCUUAGGGGGUUUCCCCUAAAAUUGUUGUGAGAUACUAAUGACCCUGGUACCCCCUGUGGGGCAUUUGUUGUGAUAUGUUUGCAGUACAUCAUUAAAUACAAAACUAUUAAGGGGAACCUGUCACCAGUUUCAAACUGCCUGAACAACAAGCAGCAUGAAACAGGAAUAGGCUUGUCACAAUGCUGUGUAUUUAACUCUGAAUAACUGUGCC